CUGAUUCACGUCAGCUGGUUCCUUUACAUGUAUUUAAAUGCUAAAAGAAAGUAACAAUAAUUCUUCACAUUAUUUGGAUAGCAAUGAACAUAUCGCUUAAGGCCAUAGUUUAAAGAGAAUCUGAGCUCCAGAUAAGCCGUAAAUACGCCUUUUUCAUGAAGAUUAACGCAUUUAUUUUUAUAAACUGGACGUACAAUUACGACAUGCUUAUAAUUUGCAAUACUCAAUUCUAUUUCGACAACGUUAUUGGUUCGUCGAUAAAAUGAGAUGUAGCCUCCCGCAUGCGCAGUCAAUGGCAAAGCGUUAUGGCGGCGGUCUGAUUAAUGAAGUUUAUAGUGCAGAUUAUAUUUUGGAUUUAUUGCUUAAAAUCGUGUGUUUGAGGUGUCCUUUUGUGGCCAUCGGCACGAAAACUCUUUCAGUGUAAUUUUUAGACGUGGGAUUUAUGUUGACAGUGUCAGUUGUCUUUUCUACGACGAUUUGUUUUAUUCUGAAAACAAGUGUUUUUCAAAAUGGCGGAUGUUGCGCCAAGUACAAAAAAGACAUCGACAAAAGAAACAACAAGCGGUACAACCACUACUACUAGUGGUUAUACUUCGGUAAAACCGACGCAGAAGAAGCAGACUGCGACAGCGUCUGCUUCUAGUAAGUCGGCGAAGGACAAAUCUGUGUCCGACGCUGAUUUACAGUAAAAAAUUCUGGAGGCAUUGUCGGACAUUAAACAACAACAGUUAGCCACUGAUGUCAAGUUUACAGAACUUGUUACUCGCGUUUCGGCUUUAGAAGAGAUGCCAGUAGAUUAUGGCUAUGAGGAAUAUAUGGAGGAAGGGGAAUUGGCAGAAGGAGAGUUUUCUAAUUGUGAAGCAUCACAAACAGAAAAUGCAUCCUUUUCUCAUAAACGAGAUCUCGAGAAACCCAAGAAUUCUGAAAACAAUGUCAAACCAGUUAAGUAGUAUGGAAAAGAAAAUCAAUAAGAUGAUCCUCACAGCAAGAAGAGAGACAUCUUCGGACACAUCAUUUUCAGAUGAGGAGGCCAUGAGAUCUUCGGGUGGAAACAUGGCCCAGGACUCCAGCCGAAACGUGUCCGAUAUGGAGACGGAGCCCACUGUCGACCAAAACGAAUUCAUGGGGGACGAGUCCUUGGAGGACCCCGGGGAGUAUCACUCUUUUCAGAUGCAAGAAGGCAAACAAGUGAGUUCACCACAGUCCUCGUCCACCCCUGCCACUGUCUCGAUCAUGACUUCAGCAGGGCCUGUCCAGGGCGGCCAGUCGCAGAGUGUCCAAUUGAAGCAGCAGCAGCUGCAGCAGCAGCAAGCCAUCGUCGCCCAUCAGCAAGCCCAGCUGCAGUCCUCUCAGACGCAGCUGCAGCCAGAAACUCAAGAGACAUCUUCGGACACAUCAUUUUCAGAUGAGGAGGCCAUGAGAUCUUCGGGUGGAAACAUGGCCCAGGACUCCAGCCGAAACGUGUCCGAUAUAGAGACGGAGCCCACUGUCGACCAAAACGAAUUCAUGGGGGACGAGUCCUUGGAGGACCCCGGGGAGUAUCACUCUUUUCAGAUGCAAGAAGGCAAACAAGUGAGUUCACCACAGUCCUCGUCCACCCCUGCCACUGUCUCGAUCAUGACUUCAGCAGGGCCUGUCCAGGGCGGCCAGUCGCAGAGUGUCCAAUUGAAGCAGCAGCAGUUGCAGGAGCAGCAAGCCAUCGUCGCCCAUCAGCAAGCCCAGCUGCAGUCCUCUCAGACGCAGCUGCAGCCAGAAACUCAAGUUCCUGCAACAACAAAAAGAAGACACUGGGAGCUGGAGGUCAUUGACACCUCAUGUGUCACGGAAGAAGAAGAUCAAAUAUUAUUUUUUUAGCUCAUCUAUUUUUUGAAAAAAAAUUAUGAGCUAUUGUCAUCACCUUGGCGUCGGCGUCGGCGUCGGCGUCGGCGUUGGCGUUGGCGUCGGCGUCCGGUUAAGUUUUGCGUUUAGGUCCACUUUUCUCAGAAAGUAUCAAUGCUAUUGCAUUCAAACUUGGUACACUUACUUACUAUCAUGAGGGGACUAGGCAGGCAAAGUUAGAUAACUCUGGCGUGCAUUUUGACAGAAUUAUGUGCCCUUUUUAUACUUAAAAAAUUGAAAAUUUUGGUUAAGUUUUGCGUUUAGUUCCACUUUUCUCAGUAAGUAUCAAUGCUAUUGCAUUCAAACUUGGUACACUUACUUACUAUCAUGAGGGGACUGGGCAGGCAAAGUUAGAUAACUCUGGCAUGCAUUUUGACAGAAUUAUGUGCCCUUUUUAUACUUAGAAAAUUGACAAUUUUGGUUAAGUUUUGUGUUUAGGUCCAUUUUAUUCCUUAAGCAUCAAAGCUAUUGCUUUCAUACUUGCAACACUUACUAACUAUCAUAAGGGGACUGUGCAGGCAAAGUAAUGUAACUCUGACUGGCAUUUUGACAGAAUUAUGUGCCCUUUUUAUACUUAGAAAAUUGAAAAUUUGAUUAAGUUUUGUGUUUAGGUCCACUUUAUUCCUACAGUAUCAAAGCUAUUGCUUUCAUACUUGCAAGAUUUAUGAACUAUCAUAAGGGGACGGUGCAGGCAAAGUUAUGUAACUCUGACUGGCAUUUGGACGGAAUUAUGGGCCCUUUAUACUUAGAAAAUUGAAAAUUUGGUUAAGAUUUAUGUUUUGGUCACUUUACCCCUAAAGUAUCAUAGAUAUUGCUUUCAUACUUGGAACACUCACAAACUAUCAUAAGGGUACAGUAAAAGGACAAGUUGCAUAACUCUGGUUGUCAUUGUUACGGAAUUAUGGCCCUUUUUUGACUUAGUAACUUUUAAUAUAUGGUUAAAUUUUGUGUUUCGAUCCACUCGAAGUAUCAAGGCUAUUGCUUUCAAACUUCAAAUACUUACAUGCUAUCAUGAGGUUACUGUACCUGGCAACUUGAAUUUUACUUUGACCUUUGAAUGACCUUGACUCUCAAGGUCAAAUUAUUAAAUUUUGCUAAAAUUGCCAUAACUUCUUUAUUUAUGAUUAGAUUUGAUUGAUACUUUGAUGAAACUACUCUUACCUGACAUACCACAAUAGACUUCACCCAAACCAUCCCCCGUGCC